AAUCUUUUUGACAGUUGCUCGUAAGAUGCAAAAACAAUUCCUAUUUUUUCUAUAAAUUCGUAAAAUAAAGUAACAAAAUGAAUAAAAUAGCUUUGGUAACACGGUUUGUGCCUUUAAUUUCCAAAGUGAGACAAGUUGUACCCAUCACAAUUCAAAGUCAAAAUAUAAGUCGAUGGGUAGCACCGACUUUACGAAAGUUGAAAAGGAGAGAAGACAAGCUCGGAGGAAAGAAACAGAACCCACGAAAUACGUUUUUGGAAUGGAACCUGGAAGCUGAACUGUAUGCCUUCGGAAAGCGGCUCAAUGAGGACUUCGAUUCAGAUUUACUGCUAGAAGCAUUUACAGACAGGUCAUACGUCAUCAAAGAAGAAUUGAAGCAGAAAGAAAUGGAUAUUGAUAUCAAAGUUAAAGAUAAUAGGCAGUUAGCUGAAGAAGGUGAGAAAUUCAUCAAGGAAUACAUCCAGUUGUACCUGGAAACUGCCCUGCCCAAGUUUCCUCUAGAAGGAGUGGCCGGUGUAAGGCAGCACCUGACCAGUGAGAGCACCCUGGCCCACGUGUCAUCUCAUCUCGGCACUAAGGACAUGAUAUUGGCUGCUGAAUAUCCAGUGGAUAAUCUUAUUCUGGCAAAUGCCUUUAAAGCCAUUGUCGGUGCAUUACUGCAGUCAUCAGGUGAAGUUAGUGCUGCACAUUUCGUAAGGGACUUCGUUAUAACGCAAUUGCAAGGCAAAGAUGUGAAUGAGUACUGGUCAAUAGAAGAUCCUUGGGGCAUGCUCACUAGCCUACUGGCCAAAGAUAACAGCACUGUCGAACCCCGCCUGAUUGGAGAAACGGGAAAGAACACACUUUUAGCUUGUUUCAGAGUAGGGCUCUAUGUGGAUAAACAGAUGAUAUCUUCAGGUUUUGGGGAAACUGUUGCUACUGCAAAGGAAAUGGCAGCAAGAGAAGCGCUAAAGAAAAUAUUUGGCACAGAAGACCACAUGAAACCAAUUAAUUUCAAACUUGACGGAAUACCGAAACGCAAUGCACAAAUGAGAAGUCAAAUAUCUGCAAGUUAAUCAGUGUAAUAUUACAUUAAAAUUAGAAAUAAAAUAGUUUAUUGUGUAA